AUGCAGACGGCUCAGAGCAGACAGAAGAGUUACGCUGAUGUUAGGCGAAAGGCGUUGGAGUUUGGCRUCCACAACCACAUUUUUCUUCRUGUGGCACCAGUGAARGGAGUCAUACGUUUUGAURAGAAGGGAAAACUUAGUCUGAGGUAUAUUGGUCCUUUUGAGAUCUUAGAGCGCAUUGGCCCAGUCGCUUAUAGGUUGGUCUUGACCMAGUCGUUGGAUGCAGUGCAUAACAUGUUCCAUGUGUCCAUGCUGAGRAAGUAUGUCCAUGACCCUUCUCACGUCWUAGAUCCCAAACCACUACAGUUAAAUGAAACCUUGUGCAAGAGAGAGGUACYUGUUGAGAUCUUAGCAAAAGAGACCAAGGUGCUAAGGAAUCAGGCGAUUGACUUGUGGAAGUCCUGUAGAGGAAUCACCAAGUGGAGGAAGCUACCUGGGAAAGGGAAGACGAGAUCAGAGCCUGCUAUCCGAAGUUGUUUAAUCAAUGAACUUUCGAGAAGRAAAGUUUUUUAG